AUGUCAGCAGACAAAUCUAAACGGGCUUCUGCGACACCUAGCAGUACACCAAUUUCCAUAACAGAUAAUGAACCUACGGACUCAGAACCAAAAUUCACAUUGGAUGAUAUAAUUCCUGGUUGUAAAGUGUUUGUUUCUAAGGAUGGAGAGUAUAGAUUGGCGGAAGUGCUACAGGAGCAUGUUAAAAAAGGCAAAAAGGUUUACUACGUUCAUUAUCAAGACUUUAACAAGAGAUUGGACGAGUGGAUCAGUGCUGAUAGGAUUGAUUACUCUCGUGCAAUGGUACUUCCAGAAGUGAAGGCUGAUAAAAAGGAUGAGAAGAAAGAAGUAAAGCUGAAGAAACUGAAAAAGCAACAGAAAUCGAAGACUUCCAAGACUAGUAAGCUGGUGAAUCAGUCAGAAGUAGGAACGCCCAUGGAAAGUUCGACGAGGGAAGAUUCACCGAAGAAUGAAGAUGAAUUGGAUUUAGAUAAUUUAAACGUCCAGGGGUUAAAGAGACCUGGUGAAGAAGUUAGUAGGGAGGAGGAGAUCAAGAAAUUGAGGACGGGUGGGUCUAUGACUCAAAAUCACCUGGAAGUUUCGAGAGUUAGGAAUUUAACAGCCAUAAUACUUGGGGAACACAUCAUAGAGCCUUGGUAUUUCUCUCCAUACCCCAUAGAAUUGACAGAAGAGGAUGAAAUCUAUAUUUGUGAUUUCACUCUAUCGUAUUUUGGUUCACGGAAACAAUUUGAAAGGUUCCGGUCUAAGUGUUCAUUGAAACAUCCUCCUGGGAAUGAAAUUUACAGAGAUGCAAAGGUCAGCUUCUGGGAAAUCGACGGAAGGCGGCAGAGAACUUGGUGCCGUAAUUUAUGUUUGUUAUCGAAAUUAUUCCUUGAUCAUAAGACAUUAUAUUACGAUGUUGAUCCAUUUCUUUUUUAUGUCAUGACAAUAAAAUCUGAUCUUGGUCAUCAUACUGUGGGAUACUUCUCGAAAGAGAAAGAAAGUGCCGAUAAUUACAACGUCGCUUGUAUCCUAACGUUACCGUGCUAUCAAAAGAAAGGCUAUGGUAAGUUGUUGAUACAAUUUUCCUACAUGUUGUCAUUCAAUGAAAAUAAAGUUGGCUCUCCUGAAAAGCCUUUAUCGGACUUGGGUUUGCUUUCAUACAGAGCAUAUUGGACUGAUACUUUAGUUAAGUUGUUGGUUGAAAGAAAUAAUCCUCUGUUGCAUAAAAAAAAUAACGUAGCUUUGACAACCGAAAAGGAGGAUUCCUCUACUCCACCGCCAUCUGGUCGUCAAUCAGCAGGUGCCACAACAUCAACUAGUGAAAUAACCAUAGAUGAAAUAUCUGCAUUGACCUGUAUGACGACAACGGACAUUUUACAUACACUAACCACAUUACAAAUUUUAAGAUACUAUAAGGGUCAGCAUAUUAUUGUGAUAACCGACCACAUAAUGAUUAUGUAUGAAAAGUUGAUCAAGAAAGUCAAAGAGAAAAAGAAGCAUGAACUAGACCCAAGAAAAUUGAAAUGGACUCCUCCAUCUUUCACUGCGAAUCAAUUAAGGUUUGGUUGGUAA